UAAAAAUAAAAAAUUCCUGGCCCAAGGUGCAGAUAAUAGAAUUGUGGAGCAGAACAAUCAAUUAAAAUUACAAGUUGUCAUUUAUUCGAUUACCCUUUUUUCCUUUUCGAAUAAAGAAUAAAUUGAGAUAGAAUGAGAAAUGGUUCAUCCAACCAUAACAAUUUAAUCAAUUACACUAAACUUGCCACAUAUAAUCUAAUAUAGCCGUUGGCCUUCUCCAUACAAAUAUAUAAACGUCACUUCAACAAACAAAGAUCUCUCACUAGAUUUCUUCUUCAGCAACUAAAGAUUUUACUUGAAGCUACACUUCAAAAAUCUUCUUGACAACAUUUGUUUGUUUUUGAAGAUCUUGAAUUCCAAUAAAAAGAUGACCUCAACUCGUUGCGCUGCUUGUAAACAUUUGAGAAGGAGAUGCCCACCAGAUUGCAUAUUUUCUCCUUAUUUUCCUUCUGAUAAUCCUCAAAGAUUUGCUUAUGUUCACAGAAUCUAUGGUGCUAGCAAUAUUGCAAAGAUUCUCCAGGACCUGCCUGUGCACAUACGAGGCGAGGCAGCAGAUUCAUUGUACUACGAGGCUCAUUGUCGAAUGAAAGAUCCCAUUCAUGGCUGUGUUGGAAUAAUCACUCUUUUGCAUCAGCAAAUAUACAAUGCACAAACUCAGCUGUCAAAAAUUCAAGCUGAAAUUGCAGUUCUAAGUGCUAAGGCACAAACUGAGUCUCAUUAUCAGCACCAAGUUGAACACGUGCCAAAUGUUGAUGAAAAUUUCUAGUAAA